GAGUUCGAGAACUCCUUCGAGAAUUUCGACGCUGACAUGACGGAUGAGAUCGAAAUGACGGACGCGACGGCCGCGGAGACCAAGACCUCCCCAGCGGCUCCGCGCCGGUCGGUCGCCGACCGAGUUCCAGCAGAAUUUGGCUCCCAUUUUGCGAAGGCAAAAGCCGCCAAUUACGCGCUUGCAGACCUGGCCCCCCGCGCGCCGCCUGGACAGCCGCCGCCUUUGCAUCGAGACGCAGGCUGCGCGCGCCAGAAGAUGGCGAACUGCGACAACCCGCGCUGCGAUUGGCUGGAGCGCGCAUCUUGCGCCAGGAGGCACUGGCACCACGACGAGAAGACGAACCAGACCGAGUACUGCACUGGCGACGCGCCGUGCCACUUCACGCGGAUGUUGAAUCGAGCCGUCGACGACUCCAGCGCAGACGCUGACGCGAAGUACCUGAGCAUGCACUAUACCGUCUACCAGCUGCCCAACGAGAGCGCCGACAUGAUGGCGGACGCUGGAUGCUGCAGGAGCGUUGCUGGGCGGGCGUGGAGCGCCGCGAUGUCCGAGAGAUGUGCGAAGGUAGGCCUCGGGCACGCGGCGAGGGCUGCGAGCGAAAGCUUCGGCGAUGGCGACGCGAUCCGUGCUGCGAUCGCCGAGGUCCACCCGGAUGGAGUCUGCGGCGAGGUGGGCAGGCUCGACGCGGCCGACGUCGAGCGGGACUGCCUUGGUCUGCUGGGCCGAUCAGCCUUGAAGGGCCCAGGAGCGGAGAUGCUGACAUCGGGCGGCGAUCCGCGCGGGCCCCGGGGCGUGACCGACCCAGCGCAGCCCAUCGGGCAUGCCGCGCUGGCGAUCGACGGGCGCGUCGCUCGGGGCAACGCGCCGGACGAGUUCAAGGCCAAGAACCUUCACGUCGGUCACGACGACCAGGGGGAUAUCGAGGAUGACCAGAACCAGCCCAACCAGAACGCGUGGAAGGAGUUCGCCACGAAUUUGGUCGUGGGCUUCGAGGUGGACCUGCCAGACUACCGUUGCCUGCCCUAUCGGACAGAUCCGAGACCCGCGCUGGAGCACGGCAUCUACGCGACCGCCAACAGCACCAAGAGGACGCUCGUGGAUAGGCACGAGUACGCCCUGAUACGCAACAUACUCGACGUCGCCCUGCGCCAGAAGCUGAAU